UCCGCCGGAAGUGGCGGUUGUUGACAGUAUUUCUUAGCUCGGCGUUGAAUUGGGUAGUUAGGGGUCCUUUGGCGGCGUCGCGGAGUCUGGGACGGCCAAGUCAGUCCUGUGGCAGGGGAGAUGGAUAUCCUCAAGUCGGAGAUCUCUCGGAAGCGGCAGCUAUUGGAGGACAAGAAGCUGUUGGGGGAAAGUAAAAGAUACUUCAAACGUAGUGAACUUGCAAAAAAAGAAGAGGAGGCAUACUUUGAAAGAUGUGGCUACAAGCCUGUAAAUGAGAAGCCAACUGGAGAGGUACAGCCAAAAGAAGAGGAUCAGAAACCAUUAACUUCAUCUAAUCCAGUAUUAGAACUAGAACUGGCAGAGGAAAAAUUGCCCAUGACUCUUUCAAGGCAAGAGGUCAUCAGGCGACUGAGAGAAAGAGGAGAACCUGUUAGAUUGUUUGGAGAAACCGAUUAUGAUGCAUUUCAGCGUUUAAGAAAGAUUGAGAUUCUCACACCAGAGGUUAACAAGGGUUUGAGGAAUGACUUGAAGGCAGCUUUGGAUAAGAUUGAUCAACAAUACCUUAAUGAAAUUGUUGGUGGUCAAGAACCAGGAGAAGAGGACACACAGAAUGAUCUGAAAGUCCAUGAAGAAAACACCACCAUUGAAGAAUUAGAGGCAUUGGGGGAAUCCUUAGGAAAGGGGGAUGAUCAUAAAGACAUGGACAUCAUCACCAAAUUUCUUAAGUUUCUCCUUGGAGUUUGGGCUAAAGAACUCAAUGCCAGAGAAGAUUAUGUAAAACGUAGUGUGCAGGGCAAACUGAACAGUGCCACUCAAAAGCAGACAGAAUCAUAUUUGAGACCGCUUUUCAGGAAACUGCGAAAAAGGACUCUUCCUGCUGAUAUUAAAGAAUCAAUAACAGACAUUAUUAAAUUCAUGUUACAGAGAGAAUAUGUAAAGGCCAAUGAUGCAUAUCUUCAGAUGGCCAUUGGAAAUGCUCCUUGGCCUAUUGGAGUAACUAUGGUUGGUAUCCAUGCCAGAACUGGUCGUGAAAAAAUUUUUUCCAAGCAUGUUGCACACGUUCUUAAUGAUGAGACACAAAGAAAAUAUAUUCAGGGUUUGAAAAGAUUAAUGACCAUUUGUCAGAAGCACUUCUCAACAGACCCAUCAAAAUGUGUGGAGUAUAAUGCACUAUGACAACUCUUCUCUGUGGUGCUAUAGACCAAUAAGAAACUUAAGACCUGUGGCCUUUAGGAGGAACUGCUUCCAUGAAUGAAGGGGAGAGAAAGAAUCAAGUUUUGGGAGCAUCCAUUUUCUAUCUAAUUCAUUUCUUUUAUUUAGAGGACUGUUUGGUUCUUUCAUCAAAUAUGACAGAAGACUCUUGAUUGUUGUAUCAUGUUUUUGAUUCUUAACAGUCUCAAAUUCAAGCACCAAGCCUUAUUUCCCGAUACUUUACAUACACAGACAGCAAUCAUCAAGGAAUUCCUUUUCAACAUUUUGCCAUCAUAUGUGAACGUUGUUGGUAAAGGAUUAAAGGAAACAUUUGACUUAUUAUUAUUUCUGUAAAAUAUUAUAAUAUUCAGGUUUUACAGAGAAAAGCUUUUUUUCUUCAACAGCUAACCUAAAAAUACAGCAACUGUUGUUUACAUUUGAAUUUCUUAAAUGUGUCUGAUUUUUUUUUUUCUGGCUUCCAGUAGAGAUUUGACUAUCAAUUAUGUGACUCAUUUGUUUUUCUGUGGUUUCUGAUCUUGUUUUUGAGAUUUUCCUGGGGCUAAUAGCUUAAGAGAAGCUGAAAUGAUCAGGAAAAGGAUGCUUUAAAAAUUAAGACAUGGCUUACUAUGUGAAUUUAUAAAGAAAUUUUAUAUUAAAAUUAUAAAGAAAAUCUACUUAUAAGAUUAUGAAUGGAAAAAAUUUCAUGUGGGAAAGGGAAUAUCACAACCAAGAGAAUGAUGAAGUUCAAAAAUGCUUGGUCUUCCUAGGCCAGGAUUGUCCAGUAUUUUGCCACAUACUGUGAAUUAGUCAUAUACUUGUGACUUUCUUUCUAUCAUAUUCUACCAUAUAGCAGAGGGCAAAGCAGAUGGUGUUUUUCUUACCAUGAGUGUUCACUUAUGACAGUAUUUCCUAGUUCCACAUCAUCAGAUAAGUACUUACUCUAAUUUCCUGUGCACAGGAUAUGCCAAUCCUCACCAGGUUGCAGUGCUAUCUAAUUGUUGUGUUAAAUUUAAUAUCCCAUUGAAUGUAGAAGAAAGAGAAGGAUUGAUUAGUUUGAUGGAUUAUAUGAAUAGGAUGUCAUUAACUAGGUGGUGAUAAUCAAGAUACUUACAUGACCCACUUGCUGGCUCCUUCUAGUUGUAGUAGUAUGAAGGACUCUUGGACAUAAUUGACUCUGCAUUUAUUUAGUUCAAAACUCAGGAUAAAAAGAGGGUUUAGUGGGAAUUGGAGAAGCCUUGAAUACAGGUAUACAAGUACUUCUGGCCCAGAGUUCUUAACUUUUUUGGUGUCGGAGACUCCUUUAGAAAUCUGGUGGUGGAAGGGGAAACCCAAAUCCUCUCAAAGAUUGUUUUUAAAUGUAUAAAAUAUAAUACAUAAGAUUACAAAGAAAACCAAUUAUAUUGUGAUAUAGUUACCAAGAUAUAUUUUUAAAAAUCCCUGGCCAUAGGUUAAGGACCCCUGUUCUAAGUCCUUGAAGAGAACUGUCAGUAACUUUAACUUAAAAAUCAAUGAACAGUUAUUUAGUACAUUUACACAGAUAAAGAAAUUGUUUAUCACAUAGCAAGUUUAGAAAAGAUCUGUUUCUAGCCUGUGUGUAAUGUCUUAAUGGGAUAAAACACAAAAAUAGGUACCCAUGAUUCAAAAUCUUAUAUUAUUUUCAAAGAGAAAAACAAAGUAAUUAUUUGCCCAGGAAAGGGUAGUUUUUAUAGGAGGAAAAAAGUGAGAUUUCUUAAAGAAUAUAUCAUUUGAGUUGAGCUUUCAAGAAUAUAGGAAUUUAGGUAAAGGAAGAGAACAUUCUAGAUAAGGAUCCAGAUGAGCCAAUGCAUAAGGACAGGAAAGUAUUAGACAUAAUUGGCAGAUAUGUACUUUCUCCUUCCCUCUCUCUCCCUCUCUUUCUUUCUCGCUCUCUCUUUUUAGAUGUCCUUUUUUAUUCAAAUUAGGGAGAAGUUAUGUUGUUUUAUUUCUUUUUUGUUUUUAUUAUAGCUUUUUAUUUACAAGUUAUAUGCAUGGGUAAUUUUGCAGCAUUGACAAUUGCCUAAUCUUUUAUUCCAAUUUUUCCCCUCCUUCCCUCCAUCCCCUCCCCCAGAUGGCAGGUUGACCAAUACAUGUUAAAUAUGUUAAAGUAUAAAUUAAAUACAAUAUAAGUAUACAUGCCCAAACAAUUAUUUUGCUGUACAAAAAAAAUCGGACUUUGAAAUAGUGUACAGUUAGCCUGUGAAGGAAAUCAAAAAUGCAAGAGGACAAAAAUAUAGGGAUUGAGAAUUAAUUCUAUGUAAUGGUUCAUAGUCAUUUCCCAGAGUUCUUUCGCUGAGUGUAGAUGGUUCAAUUCAUUACUGCUCUAUUAGAACUGGUUUGGUUCAUCUCAUUGCUGAACAUGGCCACGUCCAUCAGAAUUGAUCAUCAUAUAGUACUGUUGUUGAAGUAUAUAAUGAUCUCCUGGUCCUGCUCAUUUCACUCAGCAUCAGUUCAUAUAAGUCUUUCUGAAAUCAUCCUAUUGGUCAUUUCUUAUCAAACAAUAAUAUUCCAUAAUAUUCAUAUACCAUAAUUUAUUCAGCCAUUCUCCAAUUGAUGGGCAUCCACUCAGGUUUCCAGUUUCUGGUCACUACAAACAGGGCUGCCACAAAAAUUCUUGCACAUACAGGUCCCUUUCCCUUCUUUAAAAUCCCUUUGGAAUAUAAGCCCAGUAGUAACACUGCUGGGUCAAAGGGUAUGCACAGUUUGAUAACUUUUUGAGCAUAGUUCAAAUCGCUCUCCAGAAUGGCUGGAUGUGUUCACAAUUCCACCAACAAUGUAUCAGUGUCCCUGUUUUCUCACAUCCUCUCCAACAUUCCGCAUUAUCUUUCUCUCUCAUUCUAGCCAGUCUGACAGAUCUGUAGUGGUAUCUCAGAGUUGUCUUAAUUUGCAUUUCUCUGAUUAAUAAUGACUUGGAGCAUCUUUUCUUAUGGCUAGAAAUAGUCUCAAUUUCUUCAUCUGAGAAUUGUCUGUUCAUAUCCUUUGACCAUUUAUCAAUUGGAGAAUAGCUUGAUUUCUUAUAAAUUAGAGUCAAUUCUCUAUAUAUUUUGGAAAUGAGGCCUUUAUCAGAACCUUUGAUUGUAAAAAAUGUUUUCCCAAUUUAUUGCUUCCCUUCUAAUCUUGUCUGCAUUAGUUUUGUUUGUACAAAAACUUUUCAAUUUGAUAUAGCCAACUUUUUCUUUUUUGUGAUCAAUAAUGAUCUCUAGCUCUUCUUUGGUCAUAAAUUCCUUCCUCUUCCACAGGUCUGAGAGGCAAACUAUCCUAUGUUCCUCUAAUUUGUUUAUAAUCUCAUUCUUUAUGCCUAGGUCAUGAACCCAUUUUGACCAUACCUUGGUAUACUGUGUUAAGCGUGGGUCAGUGCCUAGUUUCUGCCAUACUAGUUUCCAAUUUUCCCAGCAAUUUUUGUCAAACAAUGAGUUCUUAUCCCAAAAGCUGGGGUCUUUGGGUUUGUCAAACACUAGAGUAUUAAAGUUAUUGGCUGUUUUGUCCUUUGAACCUAACCUAUUGCACUGAUCAACUAAUCUGUUUCUUAGCCAAUACCAAAUGGUUUUGGUAACUGCUGCUUAUUAUAAUAUAAUUUUAGAUCUGGUACAGCUAGGCCACCUUCAUUUGAUUUUUUUUUUCAUUAAUUCCCUUGAAAUUCUUGACCUUUUGUUUUUCCAUAUGAACUUUGUUGUUAGUUAUGUUGUUUUAAAAAUAAUCUGUAGACUUCCUAAAAGUAUUUCUGUUAGGCUCAGUGGUGGGGCACAGUAUUUCUGUAUUGGAACUGAAAUGAAAAUACUAAACAGGAGGCAGUCUAGAAAUAAUGUUAAUGAUCUCGGUCUUUGGGGGAAAUUUAAGAAAACAAAUUUUAGCCAAAAAAAAAAAAAAUGAAUAUUGGUGACAAAGGACAGUCUAGGUUUUUCAGGAAGUAGAAGAGAGUCUUGAGAAAACAAACUGAGGAAGGCAGCUGUCGUUAAUAAUAAAUCUUGAUGAUUUGCUGUGCAUUGUGAACUAGAAAGAUUUGGUAGAAGAGGAAAUGUAAUUUAUAACAGCACAACUUAAUUUUAUUUGUAAGCCUUUCCUUUCUAGUGGCUUUCUGAUCUACUCUUAACUCUUUGGUUUUGAAUUGAAUGAAUGAUUUAAGCCUACUGUUAUUUUUAAAAAAAGAAUACUGUUAUUUAUUGUAGAAGAAAGUGAUAAUUUACACUAAAUGUAAACAUCCUGAGAAUGAUUAGAAUAGUUCUUCAGUGCCUUUAAUGAGUAGAUUUGAGUUCUAGGAUUCUUAUCACCAUAAUUUUACUCUUACACAAGCUUUUUGGUGAGAGUAAAAAAAAAAAAAAAAGGCUAUUUCUGCGAAAGAAGCCUAUUAAUGGGGGUGCUGUGAUCUGUAGGAUAAUCUUUAAGUACCAUAUGCCUGAGAGACUCUUUCCUUCUCACUGUCUGCACCACCCCCAAUAGUUAUCCCAGCUGAGUGAAUCUCAUGUCAGAAUAACUUUAUCCCAUAGAAAUUUGUGGAAUGGCACCAUAUUGGGAGUCUUGAAACUGAAAAAUACUUUCUCACGGAAUAUUUCUAUAAGAAUUUCCAGCUGUCUAGAGUGUGAGAGCCAGCACUAGUCCCUUGAGGGUCUCUAUGGGAACAUUGUUAUGGCAACUGUUUUUCAUCACAAACUCUCUGUUACAAGAUUUGCUAGAUUACAACCACAAGUUAGCAUUUUAAUGGUUAAUAGUACCUUCAACAUCUUUUUUGAAAAGUUAAAUAAAUUUUGGUGUUGUGGGGUGAUGAGGGUGAACACAAGCAUGGCUAACUUAACAAUAACAAUUGUAGGGUGAGCCAAACCUAUUGUGCAUUUUAUAAUUUGUUUUGUUUUUAAAGUUUCACUAAAAUAUCAGAUUAUUGGAAGGCUGCCUGUUUCUUUUGGUUUGUUUUCUGACCAAAGACUUUGUGACACUUUAUAGGAUGUACUUAAGCUAAUCAUUUUGUUGUUUGUAAUGUUUGCUUAAUUUAACUGUGCCAUUUCUUUUUGUUUAGUUUCUUCUCUCUUUCCUUAGGCACCAGCUUUGGAACAAUUGUCUAACUUUUCUUAGCUGCCUUCAAGUAUCCAUGCUUUAGUUAGCACAUAGACAUAGCCAUAUGUAACAACAGAGAAAAAAGGUUGCCUUUUCUUGAAUGUUGUUGCUAAUCUAAAAUUCAUUCAUUGCACUUCCUGCAGAGAAGCUCAAAAUCAACUACACAUGGCUGGGUCCCUUGACUCCUUGCCCUUUGUGGUCCCCCAGCCUGUUAGCUUGCCAAGAGUGGGUCUCAGAAGGCUAAGGUCUUUUCAGUUCUAUUACAUGGUUCCAUGGUUCAUUUAGGAUUGUCUUGCCUCAGCAAAGAUCCUUUUAAGAUUUAAAGCAGAGAAGAGAGCAAUAUGAAUCAAGAACAUUUUUUAUUUUUUUAAUGCCUAUUUUUAUUUGUAUAGGUUUCUAUAUUUGCAACUCAGGAAAACAAUAGCUAGUGUUUAUUAUCUUUGCAUUUAAACCAAUAGAAAUUGAGAUAAAUAUAAUUAGUAUAAGGCAAAUAAAGGAAGAAACUGAUUUGGUAAAUAAUCUUUAGAUUGAUCUUCUGUAUUUGGGGAGUUGGGAGAGGGAGAGAGGGUUAUGCCUGCGUAUACACCCACUUACAUGCAUGCCAACUUUUCUUUUUUGUUUUCAUCAUACAUGACCCCAAGAUCUCAAGGCUCACCCCUAGGCUCUCAUCUUUCUCUCAAUGAUCUCAUUAGAUCUCAGAGUUUUAAUUAAUAUCUUCACACAGAUGAUUGUCUCAGUCUCUCUCCUGAGCUCCAAUCUCACAUCACCAGAUGCCUAUUAAGAUAUUUCCCACUGCAGCCAUGUAAGCAUCACAGACUGAGCAUGUCCAAAACAGGGCCCCACCUUUUUCACUUCUGUGGAGGGAUCUCCUGCCUGUCCAGGUACCAGGAUUACUGUCUUAGAGUCACACUCUAAGAAAGCCCCUUAAGAGUAGGUUGAACCUCAUUUUGGCCUUUAUUUCCCUAGCAACCAACCAGCACUGUUUUGGCACAUAGUGAGUGCUUAAGGUUUGUUUAUGGAUUAGUUUGUGGGAUCAUUUGCCUGAAGCACAUUUUUAUCCUUUCUAUUGAAUUAUUUGUCAAGUCUGCUUAGUUCUAAAUCUCUUCCUCUCCCACUCCCCCAGCCCCCUUUCAUAUCUUUAUUUUACUUUCAUGACUACAAUCUUAGUUCAACCCUUCAUCACCUCUUAUCUGGACUGUUCUAAAAAAAUUGGACUUCUUGAAUCAAAUCUCUCUCCUCUCUCUUUUUCCAUUCUCAGCGUUGUUCUAAAAUGACAUUUCUUUACUUCUCUGCUCAAAAAGGGCCUCCUUCUUGCUCGUAGUAAUAAAUACAUACUCCUUUCUUUUUCUUGUAUAGCCCUUCCUAAUCCAGCUCGAGACUACCUUUUCAGGCUUAUUAUACAGAAUUUUUCUCCCUGGAUUCUUCUACAUUCAAGCCAAACUGUUCUCUGUACUACAUGAGAUUCCAUUUUCCAUCUUCCCUUUGCACAGAAUCCCAUAUUUAGAAUCCUACUCUUCCCUGCCUGAGCCUCUCAGAAUAUAGGAUUCUUUCAAAGCUUAGUCCAAGUGCCACCUUUUAAAUGAGGCCUUUCCUGAUCUCCACAGUUACUAUUGGCUACUUAGCUAUUAUUUUGUAUCAUAAAUUUUGUAUCUGGUUGGAUAUGUUUAUUUCUGGUCCAUAAAUUAGAAGCUUCUAGAAGGUGAGGUUUUUGUCUUCUUCCUUUAAGAGCCUAACAAAUUGGUACAUAAUAAUCAUCAAGCAUUUAUUAAAUGCUUAUUUUUUCCUAGUAGGCUUAAAUAAAAACCAAGUGGUUUAGAAUUUUUAAAAUUAGUUUUUCCCUUGGAUCUUCCUUCCUGACUCUUUUUUUUUUAAACUAGCAUUAUGAUCAUAACAUAGUUGAAUGAUCCCAAGUUUGAAAGGAGAGAUGAAAAAAAUUGCAUUUUAAAUUUUCAUUAAAAUUCAGUUUUAAUAAAAUUUUUAUCUCAUUUGAUACCUUCCAAACUUGUGUGUGUUAGAGAGAGAGAGAGAGAGAGAGAGAGAGAUUGUGUGUGUGAGUAUGUAAUUCUGGACUUUCAAUUUAUGAAGAGAUGGAAAAAACACAUUUGGAUUGUAAUUUGCAUUUUUGGAGGAAAUAUUUCGAUGUAAUAUUAUGCAUCUAUUUAAAUACAGAAGAAUUGGUAAAGUAUUGUGAUGAAGGUGCUGAUAGAUUUUUCUUAAAUCGUAAUCUAGCUUUUCCUACCUUCCUGUUAAAAAUGGUGCAUUGUAAUUGCAACAGCAGAAAAAUCACUAGCUUGAUGGUUGGCAAGUUGUCUAGUACUUAACAGAAGAACAGGUAGGUAUCUAAAGGAAGUGUCUUUUUGCUCUGAGAUUGAAGUUUUAUAGGAUUUUAUACUGUUGAGGUCAGGGCGGGGGGAAGGAGGGGCAACAUUUGUUCUGUAGAAUCAAUUUAGAGCUGGAAACAAUUUUAGAAUUCUAGUCAAAUCCUCUUGUUUUAUAACAGUAUACUGAAGAGUGGUUGAUUUGAACUCAAAAUCUGGGUUCACAGUUCUUUUUUUGCUGAUAAUUAUUUGCUCUGUGACCUUGGUCCGACUCUCUAAAUCUCAGUUUUCUUACCUAAAAAUAGGAAAACACUUCCUACCUUACAAGAUAUUUUUGAAUAAAAAAACUUUGCGAAUCUUUGAUUCAAUUAAUGAAAUUUAUUAAGUGCUUAUGGUGUGCUAGACUUGUGUAAGGGGCUGAUAAUAAAGGCAGAAGGAAAACCAA